UGGGAAUUGUAGUCGGUUGUAGAACCAGUCUGGGAUGCUGGGGGAUUAUUAUGGAAUGCUGUUUCGCAGACGCGCAUGCGCAGCCGCGGGUGUUGCUGGGAGAAGAAGCCGGCGGCUGUGGGCCAAUCAGAGCGUGCGGCGGGGAGCGGAGCUCCGUGACGUCAGAGCGCCCGGCUGCUGGCGGCGAAAAGAAGCAGAAAGAAGGAUUUCCCCAUAGCACCCAGCCUUGCAAAUGGAUGGAGAAGGAUUUGGUGAGCUCCUGCAGCAGGCAGAGCAGCUUGCAGCUGAGACAGAGGGCAUUGCUGAGCUUCCUCACGUCGAACGUAAUCUCCAAGAGAUCCAACAGGCGGGAGAGCGGCUUCGCUCCCGGACACUAACCCGCACAUCACAGGAGACUGCAGAUGUAAAAGCAUCGGUACUUCUUGGGUCGAGAGGGCUUGACAUCUCCCACAUUUCUCAACGGUUGGAGAGCCUUAGUGCUGUGACAACAUUUGAGCCUCUAGAGCCUGUGAAGGACACAGAUAUACAGGGUUUCCUAAAAAAUGAAAAAGACAAUGCAUUGCUGUCUGCCAUUGAGGAGUCCAGGAAACGGACCUUUGCUAUGGCUGAGGAAUACCAUCGAGAGUCAAUGUUGGUCGAGUGGGAACAGGUUAAACAAAGGAUCCUUCAUACUCUGCUGGCUUCAGGAGAAGAUGCCCUGGACUUCACUCAGGAGAAUGAGCCCAGUUACAUUAGCGAGUUAUCACCACCGGGUCGCAGUUCUUUGGACAACAUUGAGAUGGCAUAUGCCCGACAAAUUUAUGUGUAUAACGAGAAGAUUGUCAACGGACAUCUGCAGCCCAACUUGGUGGACCUUUGUGCCGCUGUCGCUGAACUGGAUGAUAAGAACAUCUCUGACUUGUGGGCUAUGGUGAAGCAAAUGACUGAUGUCUUGUUGGUUCCUGCAAGCGAUGCCUUGAAAGUCCGCACAAGCAUGGAGGUGCAGAUGGAAUUUGUAAGACAGGCACUACUAUACCUUGAGCAAAGUUACAAGAACUACACCUUGGUGACCGUUUUUGGAAACUUGCACCAAGCCCAGCUUGGAGGAGUCCCUGGAACGUACCAGUUGGUCCGCAGUUUCCUGAACAUCAAACUCCCAGUGUCUGUUCCAGGACUCCAGGACGGGGAAGUGGAAGGCCACCCUGUUUGGGCACUCAUUUACUACUGCAUGCGGUGCGGGGAUUUAAUGGCUGCCUUGCAAGUGGUGAAUCAAGCACAGCACCAACUAGGGGAAUUUAAAAGCUGGUUCCAGGAAUACAUGAACAGCAAGGAUAAAAGACUCUCACCAGCCACUGAGAACAAAGUUCGCCUUCAUUACAGACGAGCCCUGAGAAACAACACCGACCCUUACAAAAGAGCUGUGUACUGUAUCAUAGGCCGGUGUGAUAUCGCCGACAACCACAGUGAAGUGGCUGAUAAAACGGAGGAUUACCUCUGGCUCAAGCUGAACCAGGUGUGCUUUGACGAUGAUGGUUCCAACGCGCCUCAAGACAGGCUGACUUUGUCCCAGUUCCAAAAGCAGCUGCUUGAAGACUAUGGCGAAUCACAUUUUGCCGUGAACCAGCAGCCGUUCUUGUACUUCCAAGUUUUGUUCCUGACAGCCCAGUUUGAAGCCGCUAUCGCUUUCCUCUUCCGCACGGAGCGCUUGCGUUGUCACGCCGCCCAUGUCGCCUUGGUCCUUUUUGAACUGAAGCUGCUGUUGAAAUCUUCUGGGCAGAGUGCACAGCUUUUGAGCCAUGAGGCAGGGGACCCUCCAGCCAUCCGGCGCCUGAAUUUUGUCCGUUUGCUGAUGCUUUACACCCGCAAGUUUGAGUCCACUGACCCUCGAGAAGCCCUACAGUACUUCUAUUUCCUCAGAGACGAAAAGGACAGCCAAGGGGAGAACAUGUUCUUGCGUUGUGUGAGUGAGCUAGUGAUCGAAAGCAGAGAGUUUGAUAUGAUACUUGGAAAGCUGGAGAACGAUGGAAGUAGGAAGCCUGGAGUGAUUGACAAGUUUACCAAAGACACAAAACCGAUUAUCAAUAAAGUUGCCUCAGUGGCAGAAAGUAAAGGGCUGUUUGAAGAAGCUGCCAAACUUUAUGACCUUGCCAAGAACCCAGACAAAGUCCUGGAGCUGAUGAACAAGUUGCUGAGCCCUGUGAUCUCUCUGGUCAGCACCCCGCAGUCGAACAAGGAGCGACUGAAGAACAUGGCUCAUUCCAUUGCAGAGAGAUACAAAGCACAGGGAGUCAGUACAAAGAAGCAUAUUGACUCUACAUUUUAUCUCUUGUUGGACCUGAUCACCUUUUUUGACGAAUACCACGCCGGUCACAUUGACAGAGCCUUCGAUAUCAUUGAACAGCUCAAACUGGUCCCCCUCAGUCAAGAAUAUGUUGAAGAAAGAGUAGCAGCCUUCAGGAAUUUCAGCGAUGAAAUCAGACAGAACUUGUCAGAGGUCCUCCUUGCAACCAUGAAUAUCUUGUUUACCCAGUACAAGAGAUUGAAGGGCACCAGCCCAGCCACUCCUGCUAGGCCUCCGCGUGUUGUUGAAGACCGAGACUCGCAACUUCGAUCUCAAGCGCGAGCCCUCAUUACCUUUGCCGGGAUGAUCCCAUACAGAACCUCUGGCGAUACCAACGCUCGGCUGGUGCAGAUGGAGGUUCUCAUGAAUUAGAUGUUUGGGGCGAGCUGUUGGUUCCUUUUUGUCUUCUUAGUGGAUGGGUCCAGCUUAACUUGUGGGCUUUUUGUUGUUUAUGUUUUUUGUACGAUGGAUUUUUUUUGUCAACCACAAUAAAUUCCUUUGUGUUUCUA